GGGGGUGGGGGGUGGGGAGGCGCGGCUGGCCCGCAGAGCGGCCGGGAGGACGACCGGAGCGCAGCGGGUCGCGGGCAAUGUUGGGUGGCCCGGGAGGCCGCCGGGCUGGGGGCGGAGCCAAUGACCCCGAAGGCACCGCCCCGUCGCGCCUCCGGAGCCGUCGGCCGAGCACAGAGCCGGGAGCUCAGGGCAGCUGCAGCGCCCGUGGUGAGUGCGGGGAGGACACGGGCGGGACAGCAGCGUGGGGACGUGAAAGGACGCCGACGGGACGCCCGGGAGGACGCGGGCGUGACCUCUCGGGGACCCGGGAGGGUGCAGGCAGAGCAGCUUGGGAUCCCGGGAAGACGGAGCCCGACAGCGCCGGGACCCGCGGGCGACGCCCAGGUGCGGUGACCGCGGCUCCGUGCCCACCGUGCUUGUCGCCCGCAGGCUCGGAGGACGCGGCCAUGCAGGGCCGGGCGGACGCGGGCGAGGCUGACGAGGAGGCUGGGGCGGGUUCGGGGUCGGAGGCCGAAGAGGACGCGCUGUGGGAGCGGAUCGAGGGCGUCCGGCACCGACUGACGCGCGCCCUGAAUCCGGCCAAGCUCACGCCGUAUCUGCGCCAGUGCCGCGUCCUGGACGAACAGGACGAGGAGGAGGUGCUCAGCACCUACCGUUUCCCGUGCCGCGCUAACCGUACCGGGCGCCUCAUAGACAUUUUACGCUGCCGGGGCAAGAGGGGCUUCGAGGCCUUCCUGGAAGCCCUGGAAUUCUACUACCCAGAACACUUCACGCUGCUCACUGGCCAGGAACCUGCCCAACGCUGCUCCAUGAUCCUUGAUGAGGAGGGUCCCGAGGGCCUGACUCAGUUCUUGAUGACUGAGGUCCGGAGGCUUCGGGAAGCUCGGAAGAGCCAAUUGCACCGAGAGCAGCAACUGCAGGCCCGGGGCCGGGCCCUGGAGGAGGAGCGGGCAGGGCUAGAGCAGAGGCUUCGGGAGCAGCAGCAGGCACAGGAGCGCUGCCAGCGACUGCGGGAGGACUGGGAGGCUGGCAGCCUGGAGCUGCUGCGCCUCAAGGAUGAGAACUACAUGAUCGCCAUGCGCCUGGCUCAGCUCAGCGAGGAGAAGAAUUCGGCUGUGCUGCGCAGCCGAGACCUGCAGCUGGCGGUGGACCAGCUCAAGCUCAAGGUCAGCCGGCUGGAGGAAGAGUGUGCGCUGCUGAGGAGGGCCAGGGGCCCACCGCCUGGGGCUGAGGAGAAGGAGAGGGAGCCAGAUGGCGCUGAUCUUCUCUCUGAGCUUCGUGCAGAGAACCAGCGGCUGACGGCUUCACUGCAGGAGCUUCAGGAAGGUCUUCAGCAGGAGAUGAGCCGGCCAGGAGCUGCAGGCUCUGAACGUAUCCUACUGGACAUACUGGAGCACGACUGGAGGGAGGCGCAGGACAGCAGGCAGGAGCUGUGUCAGAAGCUUCAUGCUGUGCAGGGCGAGCUACAGUGGGCAGAGGAGCUGCGGGACAAGUACCUGCAAGAGAUGGAGGAUCUGCGGCUCAAACAUCGAACGCUGCUGAAGGACUGUGACCUCUAUAAGCACCGCAUGGCCACUGUGUUGGCCCAGCUGGAGGAGAUUGAGAAAGAGCGGGACCAGGCAAUCCAGAGCCGAGACCGGAUCCAGCUGCAGUAUUCUCAGAGCCUCAUUGAGAAGGACCAGUACCGCAAGCAGGUGCGGGGGCUGGAGGCGGAGCGCGAUGAGCUGCUCACCACAGUCACCAGCCUGGAGGGGACCAAGGCCAUGCUGGAGGCACAGCUGCAGCGGACACAGGGGGGUUCCUGUCUCAAGGCCUGUGCCUCCUCCCACUCCCUGUGCUCCAACCUCAGCAGCACCUGGAGCCUCAGCGAGUUCCCAUCGCCCCUGGGAGGCCCAGAAGCUACAGGAGAAGCCGGGGGAUCUGAGCCCCACACCUCGGAGGAAGCCACAGACAGCGAGAAGGAGAUCAACCGGCUCUCUAUCCUGCCUUUCCCACCCAGUGCUGGUUCCAUACUCCGCCGGCAGCGUGAGGAAGACCCGGAGCCCCCUAAGAGGUCUUUUAGCAGCAUGUCGGAUAUCACAGGGAGUGUGACCCUUAAGCCAUGGUCCCCUGGCCUCUCUUCAUCAUCCUCGUCUGACAGUGUGUGGCCUUUGGGAAAGCCGGAAGGCCUCCUGGCUCGGGGCUGUGGCCUGGACUUCCUCAAUAGGUCUCUGGCCAUCCGAGUGUCCGGCUGGAGUCCCCCCGCAGGCCUGGAUCCCCAGGAUAAGAGUCCAGAUAGCAUGCCGGGCCUUGGAGACAGGUGGUCUGGGGCGGUGGUGCGAAGGGUGUUGUCUGGGCCUGGGUCAGCCAGGACAGAACAGAAAGAGCCGAGGGCGGAAGGCACUGGUCUGGAGGGGGCAGGCCUGGAAGCGGAGGCCCAGCAGAGGACCUUGCCCUGGAACCAGAGCUCCACCCUCCCCUUCCUGCUGGACUCAAAGGCCUGUCAUUCCUUCCAUGAGGCCCUGGAUGCCUGGGCAAAGGGACCGGGUGCCGAGCCCUUCUACAUUCGAGCCAACUUCUCCCUGCCCGAGCGGUCGGAUCCCCAUGCCCUUUGUGUGAAAGCCCAAGAGAUCCUGCGGUUGGUGGACCCAGCCCACAAGCGGAGGCAGGAGUGGUUCUGUACUCGAGUGGACACCCUCACCUUACGGGACCUGGACCGGGGCACCGUGCCCAAUUAUCAGAGAGCUCAGCAGCUCCUAGAAGUCCAGGAAAAAUACUUGAUCUCCAGCAGACACCGAAGUCCUCGAAGCAACCUGAAGAAGCGAGCCCUAGGGUUGGUGAGGCCCAAGCCUGCAGGGGGCACUGCAGGAGACUCAGCAGAACAGCUCCCUGCAGAGCCCUGCUCAGAGCUAGAACGAAGCCUAAAACCCUACAGCCUGGUGCGACCGCUGUUGGUGUCUGCCUUGAGGCCUGUGGUCCUCCUGCCUGAGUGCCUGGCGCCUCGCCUCAUCCGUAACCUGCUGGAUCUGCCAAGCUCCAGGCUGGAUUUCCAAGUGUGCCCAGCAGAGAGCCUCUCUGGGGAGGAACAGUGUACGUCCUCAGCUCCCGGAGCCCCCAAAGCCUGGCCGGCCACUGCUGGGCUAGGCAGCAGGAUCCGUGCCAUCCAGGAGUCUGUCGGGAAGAAGCACUGCCUGUUGGAGCUGGGUGCACGGGGAGUGCGGGAGUUGGUGCACAGCGAGGUCUACCCCAUUGUCAUCCACGUGGAGGUGACUGAGAAGAAUGUCCGUGAGAUCAGGGGCCUGUUGGGCCGGCCGGGCUGGCGGGAUUCAGAACUGCUCCGUCAGUGUCGGGGCUCAGAACAGUGGCUCUGGGGACUGCCGUGUUCCUGGGUGCAGGUGCCUGCGCAUGCGUGGGGCCAUGCAGAGGAGCUGGCCAAGGUGGUGCGUGGCCGAAUCUUGCAGGAACAGGCUCGCCUUGUGUGGGUGGAGCGAGGCAGCAGCAGAGGGGGCAGUGGCAGCAGUAGUGAGGCCUGAGGACCCAUCUGAUGCCCAGGCUCUUCCAGCCACUGUCUAGACCUCCUCCAUCAGAUGCCUAGGCCUCCUCCAUCAGAUACCUGGGCCUCCUCCAUCAGAUGUCUGGGCCUCCUCCAUCAGAUGCCUAGGCCUCCUCCAUCAGAUGUCUGGGCCUCCUCCAUCAGAUGCCUAGGCCUCCUCCAUCAGAUGCCUGGGCCUCCUCCAUCAGAUGUCUGGGCCUCCUCCAUCAGAUGUCUGGGCCUCCUCCAUCAGAUGCUUGGGCCUCCUCCAUCAGAUGCCUGGGCCUCCUCCAUCAGAUGUCUGGGCCUCCUCCAUCAGAUGCCUGGGCCUCCUCCAUCAGAUGCCUGGGCCUCCUCCAUCAGAUGUCUAGGCCUCCUCCAUCAGAUGCCUGGGCCUCCUCCAUCAGAUGCCUAGGCCUCCUCCAUCAGAUGUCUGGGCCUCCUCCAUCAGAUGCCUGGGCCUCCUCCAUCAGAUGCCUGGGCCUCCUCCAUCAGAUGUCUGGGCCUCCUCCAUCAGAUGCCUGGGCCUCCUCCAUCAGAUGUCUGGGCCUCCUCCAUCAGAUGCCUGGGCCUCCUCCAUCAGAUGUCUGGGCCUCCUCCAUCAGAUGCCUGGGCCUCCUCCAGCUGGUGCCUGGGCCUCCUCCAUCAGAUGCCUGGGCCUCCUCCAUCAGAUGUCUGGGCCUCCUCCAGCUGGUGCCUGGACAUUCACCGUUUAUACAUGGGCUCACACCCGUGUGAGCAGAGGAGACCCUGUGUUUUCAGUGGAAUCAGAUCUUCCUCAGUUGGGGCCUUCCUUGUCCCCCCGUGGACUCUCCAAUGUGGGACCUCGGUCCUGGGCUCUCACCGGGGUCUGUCAUUGGCUCUGCACAGGCUGCAUGAACCCACGCACCUGUCCCUGACCUGCUGCUCUGGUCUCCUCACUAGCUCCAAUGUUCCCAUGUUUCCAUUUGUGUGUCUUAUACGUGUAUGUGUGCCCUCUCCUUACAUACACACCCUGGAAUAGAGUUCUCACACCGUUCAAUUUUGCACAUAUGUCCUCAUGGAUCCCCAGUUUUGUCCCUCCACUUGGGCACACGAGGUCUCAGGGGUCCUCAACCUGGGUCUGUGCCCCCAGCUGUGCCCAGCACCACGGGACCUCCACAGUCCAAUGGCAUUGCCUGUGUGUGCUGUCAUGAAGAUACCACGGCUGUUCUGGUCAGCUCCUACCCUUACAUCUCUGUGUGUGUCGUCCCUCAUCCCGUGUAAAUAUCACCAUCCUUGUGACACUGGCACUAAGCAAUGUGUGCUCUGCCCAGCACACCUGGACAUGUUCUCUCGGCUGGCUUUCUGUUCCCCGCCUGCCUCCAGGAGGCCAGGGUGGUGGUGCUGCUAGGCCAUCCCAAUGUUAGGCUUGUGGGUGAUUCCCCGGGCCUUUUCAUUCAAGCUGCACACAAUGAGUCAUUAAAGUUUGUCAUAGAAGUUGGUGACCUUA